AUGGAGAGGCAAACGACGUGGCGGGGCCGCCAGGCAAGGCAUUGGGUGAGGCUGGCGCGGCAGCGCGAGGACAUCGCGAUGGCGACCCACGGCGACGACAACUUCGUCAUCCAGCUCCAGCCGAAAAGCAAGACGGAGGUGGCUCGCCAUGGCGCGCCACGAGGACGGGGCAGAAAGGAAAGGGAGAGGGCGCAGGAGACGGGCCAGGAGUUCAUGGGCAACCCGCAACGCAAGAGGCCAGAUGCGCUGGCGAGAGCGGCCAUCUUCCGCAUCGCAGAUGCUCUGGGGGCCAGCAGGGUGCAAGUGGUGGCGGCUGCAGAGUGGGGCGUGGGGCCGCAGGAGGCGAAGCAGGCGAUCAAGGUGAUAUUCCGCUUUGGCAAGUCUGCGCAGGACCCGUCGGUGAAGUUCGUGGCCACGAGGUGUUUCCGCGUGAAGAAAAGGACGGGGCGGGCGACGCCGAGGCCGCGGGCGCGGGAGAAGUGA